CGAGGCGUUAGUCUUCUUUGAUAUGGAUCAUCAAUAACGGCUCGACCGUGCUCAACCGUCCUUUGGAGAUGAUGAUGAUGAUGGCCACCUGCAUCGACCCCUCCUCCCUCCUCUGCUCCUCCACCGCCGCCGCCGCCUCCACAAGCCGCCGCAAUUUCAAAUUUCCCGCCAAAUCUCGACCAACGGUCUCAUCCUGUGGCAAGACCGCCUAUGAUUCAAAUUGUGCAUCUUUUGGAAGGAGAGAAGUUUUAUCUCUGGUUACUAUUCCAUUUUUUCUUCAUCUCCAUGAAUCCCCGGAAGGUUUUCGCGCUAAUGCUGCGGAUGAUUAUUUUCUCGUAAAGGAGGAGGUAAGGAAGGUAUUGUCCAAGGGCAAGGCUGCUGGUGUACUUCGUUUAGUUUUUCAUGAUGCAGGAACCUUUGAAACAGAUGGGAAUGCAGGUGGAAUGAAUGGCUCUAUAGUAUAUGAACUGGAUAGACCUGAAAACACAGGUCUUAAAAAACCUAUCAAGAUUCUUGAGAAAGCAAAGGCUGAGGUGGAUAUGAAACAAUCAGUAUCAUGGGCAGACAUGAUUGCCGUGGCAGGAGCUGAAGCUGUUUCUGUUUGUGGAGGUCCAAGGAUUCCAGUUCAGUUAGGGAGAUUGGAUUCCAUGGUCCCUGAUCCUGAAGGGAAACUUCCUCAAGAAUCAUUGGAUGCUACUGGCCUGAAACAGUGUUUUCAAAGAAAAGGCUUCACAACACAAGAACUUGUUGCAUUAUCCGGGGCUCAUACUCUUGGAAGUAAAGGCUUUGGAAACCCAACUGUCUUUGAUAAUUCAUACUUCAAAAUUCUUUUAGGGAAGCCGUGGUUGUCUUCAGGUGGUAUGUCAAGUAUGAUUGGUCUUCCUUCAGAUCGUGCACUUGUUGAGGAUGAUGAAUGCUUAAGGUGGAUUUCCAAGUAUGCCGAUAACCAGAAUUUGUUCUUUGAAGAUUUUAAGAAUGUCUACACCAAGCUUGUGAAUACUGGUGCAAGGUGGAAAACAUCAUUGUAAUUCCUUGAGAACCACAAUAUGUUAUUGCAUGUUAUAAUCUUUUAAAAUAUAUAUAUAUAUAUAUAUAUAUUUGCUUGAGCUUGGUUUGUUUAGGAAGAAAUAAAAACAUGAAGGCAUUAUGUAAUUUUAAUCAUUCAUGUUUCUAUGAUUUCUGAUUUAAAUAUCAAGGUGUGUCUCAUUAUGAGGCAAAGCUUGGGUAGUUCACAUCAUCAAAUGUAUUGGAUCAAGAAGAGACUUGCAUGACAAAGCAUUCCACUUCUUUUUUCCUAUACGAGUACAGAACUUUUUGUCUCAAAAAUGUAUUCUUUUUCACCUUUGAUAUAGGAAACAGAGAAAAGUUAACAACCUAA